CAGCCUCAGAAACUGGGGACCUGAGAUUGCAAAUCCGUCCUCUUUUCCCUGACACGACACGAUGCAGCCUGGUCAAAGACCCAUCUGGAGGAUACAAGCCGGCUUCACGAAUGGACUACCCCGCAUUCUCGAUCUUGAGAAACAAUAUCAAUUUCCGCAAUCGAGAGCCUUGUCUCGUCGUCUCCAGGGACGAUAUGCUAUGUACUCUUUAACAGAGUAAGCCAGAGCCUCAACAAGUGCGCGCACCACAGUGACAGAGCAGUUGGGGGCGGUACAAGGGAAUAACAAAACCACUAACCAUGAAAAAACCACUAUUCAAAACCCAUUUAGUUUACACCAAAAUUACCCGAGCCUUCUUAUCGCUCAUCUGGGUGUCAGAAGAUUUGAGACCUUACAUCAGUUGAGAAAAUAAAGUAGUCAAAGAGGAUACUAAAUUUAUCCUAAACUAUCCUAAGACUGUCUAAAAAUCUUUUUGUCACUUAGGAUUUUGGACCUGUGAAGUGGUGUCCAAGGUCCGACUGGCGUUCUUUAGCCGCGUCCAUUCUGCUCGAACCUCGCUCGAAGGGCCGCCUCAUGGGCACGACGUCGCUGAAGCUCAUCUGCCGUGGGAGUCCUGAACUGGGGAAGGCCAGCUCCCGACGGAGGACCGAAGCUGUAUUGUGCAGACAUGUUUGGUUGACUGCUUGCAGGUCUGGGUCCAGUUUGAUGAUUGCCUGAGGCAUGGUUGUAGCCAGAUGCCCCGGGAACGUUCAACGGAUACAUCGCGGGGUGGCGCAGAGACUGAAGAUUCCCCAAGGAAGGAUGAUUCGUGGUGACUCCGGUUGUGAGCGGAUCCCCGUCUAUGCAAGAGUUUUGCACCUGACGUCCUGGACGCAUUGGGAUGUUCAGGUGAGGAAGAAGAUCCUCAGUCGCAGUGGGAACCUGGCCAGGAGAAGACAUUGGGCCAGGAGGACUGCUUCCCAUCGUCAUCUCAUUAGCAAGCUGCUGCUGAGGUAGCAUAGGGGAGGACCAGGGGGUAUUCGCAUUGUGAGAAGACGCAAUGCCACGAGGAUUCAUUCCCACCCGGGCCUGCUGUUGAGGUAGCAUAGGGGAAGACCAAGGGAUAUUUCCGUUGUGAGAAGACGCAAUGCCACGAGGAUCUAUUCCCAUCCGCGCCUGCUGAGAGGCAUAAUACUGAUCCCGUCUAUGAUUAGCAAGCAACUCAUUCCAGAUUGAAGCCGCCUCAGGGUGAGCAGCAAGCCAAGCAGGAUCGUUCAAACACUGAAAAUCAGCUCUGCUUGGCAUAUGGAAGCGGAAUGCCUGUUGUUGAUAAGGUACAGGAAUUCUUGGCGUAAUAGGCCUAUAACGAGGGGGCUUGGCCUUGGCCUCAUCGGACUCCUCAGGUUUCACCUUCUUAGUCGCGGGCUGGCCAUUUCCAUUUCUAUCGGCAGGUCGCUUUGCGGCUCGAGGCGAGGGCUUGGGUUCCCUGGCUCUCUUUACACCUCGGGCUCUGGCCUGAGGGAUAGGUUUGACAUUAGGUUUGGCACUCGGAGCAGAUGGAGACUUGGGGACACUGGCGUCCGUAGCUGUUGGGGUCUUAGCCUGCUGUCUGUUCUGGACAGCUGGUGCUGCGUUCGUAGGGGUAGGGGCUUCAGUGACGGGGCUCUCAGGUUUUAUAGUCCCGUUCGUUUCGUUGUUGGAAAUCCUGGCGACGGUUGUUGGAAAACCUCCAAUAGCAGAGUCAUCCCUUUCAGGUUCACUGACUGUUUGGUUGGUCGAAGGAGAUUCUUCUUUUUGAUCUUGGCCUUUGCCAGCGUUGGGAUCCGCAGGAAACUGAGCAUUUGAAAAUAGGUAGGCGCUUUCGCCGAGUUGAUGAUCCGAAGAUCCAGUCUGCUCGGGCGCGGAGGUGUUGGGUGGUGCCGCUUGAUCUACAAACGUUUGCGCUUGAAGGGAAUUCUGCAUGUUGGUAGAGACAUUACUCUGUUGAGCAGCCGUAUCAUCGGCCCAGAAUAGAUCAAUAGCUUGUUGUAGGCGACGUUCAGUUUCCUCACGACUGUACGUCGGUGGGUUGGUGAAGGUUUGCUGUGGGAAGGGAGACACCACGGUGAGAUCCCAAUCUAUGGAAAAGUUCAGGGCGGUCUUGUCGUCGCC